AUCAUAGUAGCUAAUGAAUCUCCAUAUUUAGUGAAAGGAAGAAACAAUUUCGGCGAAGACUUAUUAGAAAAAAUGAAAAAAAAUCAAAAGUCUAUUGGCCAGAUUGAUUCAACCAUUGAAACGCAAGAAACUUUUGAAACGAUGGCGGACAAGAGUGUAAGAUGUGCACUCUGGCUACAAAGUCAAAAUAUCAAAGAAGGAGAUGUUAUUGCUAUUUGUACACAUAAUCAUCUGAAUCAAAUAUAUCCAGCACUUGCUGCUAUGUACAUCGGCGCUGUUAUGAAUCCUUGGUGGGAUCAUGGGUUAACUCCAGUUAUUGCGAAACAUUUUAUCAAUUUAACGCAACCAAAAAUACUGUUCGUAAAUGAGGAGUGCUUCAAUAUAACGAGAGAUGUUGCUCGAGAAAUCAAGGCAGACUUGAAAAUUGUAGUUUUUGGAAAGGCUGAAGGUGCAGAAUCUUUUGACACAAUAAUUGCGAAACAAAAACCUGCUGAAGUACAAAAGUUUCGUUGUGCUAAAUUAUCGAGUGUAAAUCAUCCUGCCCUUAUUCUAUAUACUUCGGGAACGACCGGAUUACCUAAAGGUGCUCUUCACUCACAUAAGUCAUUAUUCGGAAAUAUCCAAUCAGUGCAAGAUAUAAUUAACAGGGAUUGUGUUACUGCAAUGUGGUAUUCAACUCUAUGCUGGGUUACUGGAAUACUUUGUUCAUUUUCAUCAAUUUCACUUGGUAUGCUGCGAAUCAUUCCUGGGCCAUUUGUGGAGGAGGAAGCAUGUAAAAUUAUUGAAAAGUAUAAGAGCGUUCAAUUCUCUAUAAAGAUUAGAACAGCGAUAUAUAAGUAA